AAUGACGAGGGCGAAGAUAAAGAUAAAGAAAAUCGACAACAUAACGGCGAGGCAAGUAACAUUUUCUAAGAGGAGGCGAGGGCUGUUCAAGAAAGCUGAAGAGCUUUCUGUGCUAUGCGAUGCUGAGGUUGGUCUCAUUGUUUUCUCAUCUACCGGGAAGCUCUUUGAUUAUAGCAACGCCAGUAUAAAUGACAUAAUUACAAUUUAUAAUACGCACUCCCAUGGCGUCAACAAAUUGGGCAAGCCAUCACUAGAAUUGCAGCUAGAGGCUGGCAAUAGCGCCAAAUUUAGUAAGGAAAUUGUAGAUAGAACCCAAGAAUUAAGUUGGUUGAAAGACAAUGAUCUUCAAGGACUAGGGCUAAAUGAGUUGCAGCAACUUGAGAAAACAAUUGAAAUAGGACUCGAUCGCGUGACUGAGAUAAAGGAAAAGCAAAUAAUGAGUCAGAUUUCUGAACUUCAGAAAAAGGGGAAUCUGUUGGAAGAAGAGAACAAACAUUUAAAGAAAAAGUUAGUGGAGACAGAGAUGGAGGCUAUGCUGUGUGAGCCAGAAAUUCCUUUCAUGGUGGACUUAGAUAAAAGAAUAAUGCAGGAAGAAGGUGUCUCACUAGAUUCUACAAAUAACAUUAGCAGUUGCAUCAAUGAUCCUCCUCCCGAGGACGGUUCCUCAGACAUAUCUCUUACGUUAGGGCUACCCUUCUCUAACUGA